CUGUAUUUCUUGUGAGUGAUUUCUGUCAUUGUGGUUCUCCGUGCUCAGUUGAAAUCACAAUGUUUCUUCUCAACAGUAGCGAUAGUGUGCAUCAUUAUGCCUGUAGAAAGUGCUGAACCCCAGGCUGCCUCCUCAGUCUCCAGGCCGGUUAGUGCUGCCCUCACCCCUGGAGUGUCAGAGGAGGAUGGUGCUACAUGGGGCUCAGCAAUCUGCACUUUCCCUGAAAACAACCAGGGCUCUGAGGCAGCUGCUGCUUAUCCCGCUAACACUGGACCAGGAGAGAGUAAUAAUGGUGUCAAGAGGUCAGGAGCCUUGGUACAGAUCAACCGCCAGCACAUUCAAGAAGCUUCUGCCAGUUCUGGAGCCGAUGAGCUUCAGGGCCUUGGAGUGGCUGUGUAUGACCAGGAUGUCCUCGAGCAAGGUGUUCUGCAACAAGUGGACCAGGCCAUCCAGGAGGCUUCUCAAGCUGCUACCAAAGCAGAGGCUGAGAAGGAGUACCAGUCAGUGCUGGAUGAUGUCAGGUCUGUCACAUCAUCCCUGAAACAAAUCAACAAGAUCAUCGAGCAGCUGUCUCCCUAUGCAGCCUCUAGCAAGGACAUCGGUAGAAAGAUCGAGUCUGUCAAAAGACAGAAAGAAAACAAGGAGAAGCAACUGAAGAAAGUCCGAGCGAAACAGAAGCGACUUCAGGCCAUUCUGGAAGGAGAGGAUGUUCAGAGAGUAGAAGCUGAACUGCUGGCUGAAGAUGACGGAGAGGAAGAACCGAGACCAUCCACGCUGGGCAGCAUGCUCAUGCCAGCUCAGGAGACCGAAUGGGAGGAGCUGAUCCGGAAAGGCCACAUGACUCCUUUUGGGACUCGAAUACAACAGAAAGAGACAAAGAAAGAGCCGCGAAAGCUGAUGCUGGCUGAGAACUCUGCCUUUGACCAGUACUUGGCGGACCAGGCCAAGUUAGCCACCGAAAGAAAGAAAUUACCUCUUGUAAAAAGGAAGAAAAGUUCAGCUCCGAGCCCCUGUGAGAACACCAAGGGGAAAAAGAGCAAAACUGCCUCCACGUCCAAGGAUAGAAAACUAAAGAAGCGCAUUAGAAAGCUGCAGAUAACUGCUCUGAAGGCCCAUCCUAAGGCUCGACCGAAGGCCGAGCCGCAGCUCCAUAAACCAAGGAGGAGGCGACGCGCCGAGGGGGAGGACACGGACAGCGAGGGGUCCGAGUAUCUGCCCGGCGAUGAAGGGCUAGAUUUUGAGCAGGAGGAGAGAGACGCCAUGGAGGAAGGUUUUGGAGAUGACAACGAUGAGGAGUACGAGUUAAAACCGUACAAGGGCAAAACUGAGGGAAGAGGGAGGAAGAAAGUUAAAAAAAAUGACAGUGAAGAAGAAUACUGUCCUGGCAGCUCAGAUGAAGAGGAGGAAGAAGGGAAAAAAGACAGAAAGCACAAAGACGACGGAGAUGUGGAGUUCUACAGACAGCGAAUAAGGAGUUGGAGGCGGCAGCGGCUUCGAGAGCGCGAGGAGAAGCGAGCGAACGGAGAGGAGCUCACAGACGAAAGCGAUGCCGAGUUUGACGAAGGUUUCAAAGUUCCUGGUUUUCUCUGGAAAAAACUUUACAAAUACCAGCAGACUGGUGUGCGGUGGAUGUGGGAACUCCACUGUCAGCAGGCAGGCGGUAUCCUGGGAGAUGAGAUGGGAUUGGGCAAAACCAUUCAGGUCAUCAGCUUUCUGGCCGGACUAAGCUACAGCAAACUGAGAACUAGAGGGUCCAACUACAGGUACGCAGGUUUGGGUCCAACCAUCAUUGUGUGCCCAGCUACAGUCAUGCACCAGUGGGUGAAAGAGUUUCACACCUGGUGGCCUCCUUUCAGGGUGGCAGUUCUUCAUGAAACUGGCUCGUUCACCAGCAAUAAGGAAAAACUGAUUCCCGAAAUAGCAUCAUGUCAUGGAAUCCUGAUUACCUCCUAUUCAGCUGUGAGAAAUUUGCAAGAGGCCUUACUGCGCUACAACUGGCACUAUAUCAUACUAGAUGAGGGCCAUAAGAUCAGAAAUCCAAACGCUGGGGUUACCACGGCCUGCAAACAGUUUCGCACUCCUCACAGGUUCAUCCUGUCAGGCUCACCUAUGCAAAACAAUUUGAAAGAGCUUUGGUCUCUGUUCGAUUUUGUCUUUCCUGGCAAACUGGGGACGUUGCCUGUCUUCAUGGAACAGUUUUCGGUGCCAAUAACAAUGGGAGGAUACAGCAACGCCUCACCUGUACAGGUCCAGACUGCCUUCAAGUGUGCGUGUGUGCUGAGGGACACAAUAAAUCCUUACCUGCUCAGAAGAAUGAAGGCAGACGUCAAGGCCAACCUCUCCUUACCUGACAAAAAUGAACAGGUUCUGUUUUGCAGAUUAACUGAGGACCAGCGGCAGGUGUAUCAAAAUUUCUUAGAUUCCAAGGAGGUCUACCAAAUACUAAACGGAGACAUGCAGGUGUUUUCAGGUUUGAUCGCAUUGCGGAAGAUCUGCAACCACCCGGACCUGUUCUCAGGCGGGCCCCGGAUACUGAGGGGGAUCCCGGAGGACCAGCUGACUGAGGAGGAACAUUUCGGCUUCUGGAAACGCUCGGGCAAGCUGAUCGUGGUGGAGUCGCUUCUCCGUCUCUGGUUCAGGCAGGGACAGAGGGUUCUGCUUUUCACACAGUCUAGACAGAUGCUGGAUAUCUUGGAAGUGUUUGUAAGGGAACAGAGCUUCACAUACCUGAAAAUGGACGGGACGACCACAAUAGCUUCCCGGCAGCCGCUCAUCGCUCGCUACAACGAGGACAAAUCCAUUUUUAUUUUCUUGCUGACCACUAAAGUUGGUGGACUGGGAGUCAAUCUGACUGGAGCCAACAGAGUCAUCAUUUAUGACCCAGACUGGAACCCCAGUACUGACACACAGGCUCGGGAACGGGCGUGGAGGAUUGGCCAAACGCAGCAGGUAACCAUCUAUAGACUGCUGACUGCGGGGACCAUUGAAGAAAAAAUCUACCACAGGCAAAUCUUCAAGCAGUUUCUCACCAAUCGUGUUCUGAAGGAUCCAAAACAAAGGCGGUUCUUCAAGUCUAACGACAUCUAUGAGCUCUUCACUUUAGCUGAUCCCACUGGAACUCAGGGAACAGAGACCAGUGCCAUAUUUGCAGGAACUGGCUCUGAUGUCAGAGUGCCCAAGAAACCAGAAAGACCAAAAUCGUCCCGUUACAGCAGCUGCGCAUAUAAAGAAACCUCAGGAAGCCAGAAUGAAGCUGGYACAAACAGCAGAAACUCCUCCAGAGUCAUUCCUCCAACAAAUGAUGGCCAAAUUUCUCCAUCCGGUGAAAWGAUGCUGAGCAAACCAGUGGACAGCCAGAGCUUCAGUCAAAACGGACUGGAUGUAAAGACAAACGUUUUUGUAAAUGGACAAAAUAAUAACGGAGGCUUCAAAGAAGCCAAGCCACUGAACAAAACUGUGUCCCUGGCCAUAAAUCAGCAGCAUUUAGACACCAAAAAACACCAGGAAAAGAGAAARCACUGUAAAACCCCUGCUGAUGGGCACAAGCACAAAAGACAYAAACACUCCCGGGACGCUCGAUUCGAAGGUCAUCGCAUCUCUCACUUGGUGAAAAAAAGGACUUUUAAGAAAGAAGAAAGUGAAGACAAUUCAUCAGAGGGUCAGAAAAAAUCCGACGAUUACGUCUUGGCACGGCUUUUCAAGAAAUCUGGCAUCCACAGUGUGAUGCAACAUGACACCAUCAUGGAGUCCUCCAACCCUGACUACGUUCUUGUGGAAGCAGAAGCCAACAGAGUAGCUAAAGAUGCCCUUAAAGCUCUUAAGAUUUCUCGGCAGCAGUGUAGGCUUCCRUAUAACCGACCCCCUCCUCCACCUGCGAAGAAACGUUUUGGACAAAAGAAGAAUUCUCUUUUAGUUGCACCUUCUGCUCAGCCAACCUCCACUCCAACUAAAUGCAAGGAUGCUGCUAUUGUAAAGAAGUUAAUUUCAAAGAAACCAGGAGCAGGGGCCCAUUUCAGCGGGGAAGGAGCAGACGGCGACUCAAACUCCGCCCCUCUGUCGUCAGCUUCUCUGCUGGCUAAGAUGAGAGCUCGUAAUCACAUCUCCAAGCCCUCCAGUCAGAGAUCAGAGGAAGAGGAGGAGGAGGAAGAAGAAGGCGCAGACGCUCCAAGAACAAGCCAACCUCCAGCCCCACCCACCGAACACGACGAGCUGCUCGUAGAUCUGCGCAACUUCGUGGCCUUCCAGGCGAGCGUGGACGGACAGGCCAGCACACAGGAAGUGCUGGAGUAUUUCAAACCGAGGCUGACGCAGCAACAGGCGCCCGUCUUCAGAGAACUACUCAGGAGCAUCUGUGACUUUCACAGGACCUCUGGUCAGGAGGGUCUGUGGAAGCUGAAGGAACACUUUUGCUAACAGAAGCAGACUUUGUGAUCCAGAUGUGAAAAUCUUUUAAGCUGCAGUGUCUUAAUGUACAUGUUUUUGUUUUGACUGUGCUUCUGUUUUAAUGAAAGGUCAAAACACACUCCCGACUACGACGGUUGAUUAAACAUUAUUCAGCAAAUGUUUUAACAAAAGCGCUUUUAAAGAAGACCUAACUGCAGAAAAAAAUUGCACCGCUUUAACUUUUGUUUUGCACUUUUUGAAUGUAAAUAACUUUUUUUAGUUGGUUUAAAACAUCUGGUGCAGUCAAGCCUUUUUGAACAACUUGAAUAACUUCUCACUGUUUUUUUUUUUUACCUGGUUAUUCUUGAAAUCGGUCAUUUGUACAGUACGUGUCAUGAACUUCAACUAAAUUACCUCAGAUACAUGAAAUGUUUGCUGUCGUAUUUCCAUGACCUCAACUUUGUCAAAUACGUGACAUUUUUCUUUACACUAUGGCACAAUAUUAAACAGAGGGAGUGGAAUCAGGACUAAUCAAAAAUAAAACACUGAAUGAAUGGUUUAGUUUCAAUAUUUUAUUUAGUAUUAAUGCAAUGCAUUUUUCCCCCAUAUGGAAUAAAACUUCAAACAGGUA